AUGGAUCCGCCAUCACGGAGAGUGAACCGGAGGAGCUUCAAAUUUACCAAUGAUCAACCGAAAGCGGUUGAACAGGUGCCCAAGGCUGUGGAGUCCGCUCCGACUGGAAAGACCUUGGAAGGUACACCAGCAUCAAUUCCGGAUGGAUCCCCUGUGUCAGGUCAAUCCGUGGUGACGCCUCUCCGAAACAUGGCAUCUACACCAGCGAUGACUGCUGCUUCCCCCAAAGUAGCAGCAUCGUUGGACUUGACAGGCAAGAUAUUUUGUUUCGCUACCGAUUUGGAUUCGAUUCCACAAGAAGAAGUUCUCCGCAGAAUAGAGACUGCUGGAGGAAAGGUAGGGCUCGCCAUCUCACAACGGACCUCAUACCUGGUGCUUGGUGGAAAAAUGCCAGAUGGCAGGCCAGCAGAGGAUUCUACGAAGUAUCAGAGGUUCUCUGACUUGAGGGCAAAAGGGAAGGUACAAGCCGAAGUGCUACGGGAAGCAGACUUUUUGAAGAUGUUGCCCGCAGUAGAGAGCCCAAGUCUUCCAAGUAAGGUGAAGAAGGAUGUCCGCCCAAGCUUUCAGUCUCAGCCCUCGUCUCAAGAGUCUUCUUCUCGUCCUUUCAACUGGGUUGACAUUUUUGCGCCUUACAAGCUGGAUCAGCUGAUCGGUAACAAUGCUGCCGCCCAGCGGCUGACGGAUUGGCUUCGCGAUUGGGAAGAUGUAGUGCUCCACGGUCGCAAGAAGGCGUCGUCCCGACGAGAGAAUGGUGGUGCUGAGAAUGUGAAUGCGCGCGCGGUUCUAGUGAGUGGCCCUCCAGGGAUUGGAAAGACAACAACGUGUCGACUGGUGGCGGAAAUGCAUGGUGGAUACAAGGUCUUGGAGUACAAUGCAUCGGACGCCAGGGGCCAGAAAGUCAUCCAGGAGAUGGCUGAAGGAAUUGCGCAAAACUCAACGGUUUCUUUUUCAGGACAAGGAACCAGCAAGAGGAAGGCAGUGAUCAUUAUGGAUGAGGUGGACGGCAUGGGUGCCGGAGACAAAGGUGGCAAUGCUGCCCUCAUCAAGAUGAUCAAGACGACUCGCAAUCCAAUCAUUUGCAUUUGCAAUGACCAGCAUGGCCAGAAGGCAAGCUUCACAGAGAUGUGA